AUGGUAAAUAGGAAUCAAAAUGUUGAUGAUAUCAUACGACAAGUUCGACAUGAUGAUGUGGCAGCAGAUAAUAACUUAGCAAAUAUAGUCGAAAGAUAUAUGGUUCGAAAUGGGGUAAAUUUUGGCCUUAGAAGACCAAAUUAUACGUCGCCUUUAACAGAAUAUAUCUUAGAAAUGGAUGCACCCCUAAGGACCAAAAUCCCCAAAUUCACCAAGUUUGUUGGGGAUACUACUGAGUCUACUGUCGAACACGUGGUGAGAUAUUUAACCGAAGCUGGAGAUAUGUCAAAUAACAAGAGCCUUCUGAUGAAAUUUUUUCCAAGUUCUCUUACAAAGAAUGCUUUCACAUGGUUCACAACUUUGCCCCAAAAUUCGAUCCACUCGUGGAACCAACUAGAAAGAAUGUUCCAUGAACAGUUCUACAUGGGGCAAACGAAGAUAAGUUUGAAUGAGUUGGCUAGUGUCAUACGAAAAUUCACUGAGCCAAUUGAUGACUAUUUGAACAGAUUUCGACUACUCAAAGCCAGGUGUUUUACGCAAGUACCAGAGCAUGAACGUGUUAAAAUGGCCGCUAGGGGCCUUGACUAUUCGAUUAGAAAGAAAUUGGAUACUCAAUACCUGAGGGAUAUGGCCCAGUUGGCUGACAGAGUUCAACGGGUAGAGCGUUUAAAAGAAGAAAACGCUAGGACGAACAAAGGUAAAAGGGUAGCCUAUGUCGAUUUCAGGAAAGAUGAUGAAGAUUCGUGUCAUGAAGUUCCAGACUUCGAUGUCACUGAUAUCGACCUUGCUGAAUUGACACAAGGGCCACCAUAUGCGUGCAAAGUUUUAGCUCCUUCGAACGGAAAAAAUCUUGUUGAACCUGAAAAGAAUGUCAGGUUUCCUAAGAAAACAUAUACGUUCAACGUUACAAAAGGUGACAAAAUUUUUGACUUACUAGUCUAA